AUGGCCCCAUCCGCUGAUCCCAUUUCCGUGACGACCUUUGCCAACUUCUCUCCUCCGACCCAUCCGGAAUGCCUGCGCGUGGAACGCAGUACGAAAGCAUUUGCAAGCGGGGCUUAUUCACUGAUCGAUCUUCCUGCGGGUGCCGUCUUCGCCAAGAUCACUACGGCAACUCCGGGAAAGAAAGCCUACACGAGCGUGCAAACCGGCCCCGAUACCCACAUCGAACUCAACUCCGAUCUAGUCUACUGCAAUCACUCAUGUGCACCAUCUUUGGUCUUCGACAUGAGUCGCAUGGAGGUGCGGGUUGUAGACGGCCAGCCUUUGAAGGCAGGUGAUGCCCUCACUUUCUUCUACCCCAGCACCGAGUGGGAUAUGGGCCAGGCAUUCCAGUGUACCUGCGGGGCAGGUGCCAAAAUCUGCAAAGGCUGGAUCUCUGGGGCCAAGACCAUGCCCACCGACAAGUUGAAUGGGUACUGGCUCAAUGGCCACAUUUCUGCAUUGUUGAAUGAGCGCAAGGCCAAUUGA